UUAGAAUUCCAUCUGGAAGCUUCCACAGCCUUCUCGACCUCUGCAGUUCUUCCAGACCCAUCUUUCUCCAUCCCUUUUCUAUGCAACCCAACGCCUCUCCACCACGCCCCAAUUUUCUCAACGUCAAUUAAUCUCCUACCAGAUCCCAAUUCCAGCUUCAAAUUUUUGCAGAUUCAGAACAUCAACAACAAGGUUUUGAUUCGAUUCACAUGGGUGUAGAUUAUUACAAGAUUUUGCAGGUAGAUAAGAAUGCCAAAGACGAUGAUUUGAAGAAGGCUUACAGGAAACUUGCCAUGAAAUGGCAUCCUGAUAAGAAUCCCAACAAUAAGAAAGAGGCCGAGUCCAAAUUCAAACAGAUCUCUGAAGCUUAUGAGGUUUUGAGUGAUCCGCAGAAGAGAGCAGUCUACGAUCAAUAUGGCGAAGAGGGCCUGAAAGGUCAGGUGCCUCCUCCGGGAGCCGGAGGUCCCGGCGGUGCGUCGUUCUUCCAAACUGGGGAUGGCCCAACGAUGUUCAGAUUCAACCCUAGAAAUGCCAACGACAUUUUCACAGAGUUCUUUGGAUUUUCGAGCCCAUUUGGAGGAAUGGGUGGCGGUGGAAGCGGCAUGAGGGGCGGUUCGAGGCCAUUUGGUGGCAGCAUGUUUGGUGAUGAUAUGUUCGCUUCAUUCGGUGACAGCCAGCCCAUGAGCCAAGGUCCACGAAGAGCUGCUCCAAUUGAAAGGAGGCUGCCCUGUAGCCUUGAAGAACUCUACAAAGGCACCACUAAGAAGAUGAAAAUCUCCAGGGAAAUAGCCGACGCUAGUGGGAAGACAUUGCCUGUGGAAGAAAUUCUAACAAUAGAAAUCAAGCCAGGUUGGAAAAAGGGCACAAAAAUAACGUUCCCAGAGAAGGGAAAUGAGCAACCGAACGUGAUUCCGGCAGACCUGAUUUUCAUUGUAGAUGAGAAGCCACACAGCACAUUCACAAGGGAUGGAAAUGAUUUAGUGGUCACAAAGAAAAUCUCUCUUGUUGAAGCUCUAACGGGUUACACAGCCCAUGUCACCACACUUGAUGGAAGGAGCCUGACCAUCCCCAUUAACAAUGUGAUUCAUCCAGACCAUGUGGAGGUUGUUCCAAAGGAGGGGAUGCCAUUUCCAAAGGAACCCUCCAGAAGGGGCAACUUGAAGAUCAAGUUCGACAUCAAAUUCCCCACAAACUUGACUUCAGAGCAGAAAUCUGGGAUUAAGAAACUCCUGGUGUCUUAGAGACUCUCUGUCCACCUGCACUCUUGUAAAAACAAGUAURUUUUAACAGGGUCUGUAAUUGCAUUGCAUCUCUGUUUUUAAACGCUCUACUCUUAAGGCUUCCUCUGCCCUCAGAGAUGGCGGCACAAAAACAAUAAAAUAGCAAACAUGUGAACUUGAUAGUUCUUGAGCUGUGUAUGUUUACUGUUUAGUGGUGAGAGCAAUGUUUCUGAAA